AUGCAACGGGUCUCGAGCUUCCUCCCGUCUUGGGAGGCCAGGAGGAGGAGCAACGCCAGCACCACGAGCAACGCCCGAAGCAGCAUCAUCACGGCAAACAGCAAAUCCCCCCUCGAGAAGGUUUUCCGCUGGUCCACCAAGCCCGCCCCUCUCACCACCACUGCUCUUGCCACGGCUGCCUCACGUAUUGGUCGUGAGGCUUUCUGGCCAGCAACCCUCGAUGCGGAGUGCGAUCGUGCCGCCCGCAUUUUGAAAUCAUUUUGCUCCGACGGCUUCCUCGCGCCCCUGCACGAUCAGCCCGACCGCUCAUCGGCCCUCACUGAGCCCCAAACACCAAUUCGGAUUUUCAAGAAAAUUCCUCCGAGGAUUAUUCAGAAUGCUGCAGGCAUUGCGAUCUUCACUUGCAUGCGAUCGGGCCUGUGGAUGACGGGGUCUGGCGGCUCAGGCAUCCUGAUCGCCCGCAAAGCUGACGGUACCUGGUCACCACCCUCUGGAAUCGUGCUGCACACCCCGUCGCUGAGUUUCGUAAUGGGCGUCGACAUUUACGACUGCGUACUUGUCAUUAACAACAUCGCUGCCCUCGAGCAGCUAAUUACUCAACCUACUAUUACUUUGGGCGAAGACAUUGGCCUCACAACUGGCCCGUUAGUCGCACUGGAAUCUACAGAGGUCGACCCGAAAUGGAGGGAGCUGGACAACACCGUCUUGACGUACAUGAAGGCAAGAGGACAGUCGCAAAACGUCAACUUGACGGGCUGUAUCCUGAAGGAGCGUGGAAAUGAGAACGAGAGGUUUUACGGAUGCAACGUGUCGAGCAUGGACAUUUGCGCCGGCAAUGUGUCUAGGCACGUGGAAGAGACCCGUCCCAUGUUCGAGGUCAUCAAGGAAGCCGAAGGAAGAAUCGACGCGGACCAGGUCAUCCUCAGCAAACUCUCGGCUCUACCCGCGCCAGGAGACGCCAUCCUCGAGACGCCCAGAGCCUCGCCCGCCUCGCCAAAGACCAAGAUUGCUUUCGGAAUACCCAACGCUGAGGACCCGGACCCCUUUGGUGUGCUGGCACUCGAGAUGGCCGGACUGGAGAUUCGCGAGGCCGGAACGCACCAACGCCCGGCAAGUCGCCAGUUUGAGUUCAACCCCACCCCGACCAGCCCUGCCUUCUCAAAGUUCAGCAGACAGAGUGUCGAGACGACAACGACAAGAAGCAACCGGGCCAGUCUCAUGUCCACCAAGACGAACCGUACCAAGUUGUCGGAGGCCUUCACUCACACCAGCACGGCCAUCACCACCCCCGACACCUCGCCCAGUCAGAGCCAGAGCCAAAGCGAAGACGGGGCUUCCAUCCACAGCUUACCUGCACUGAAGGAGCCCGAGGAGAUUGACUACACCAAGAUUGAUUUCACACCCUUACGGCAAAUCAGCGGUAGUCACUCGAUCGAGGGCACCAUCAUGACGGACAGCGACGACCACUUGCGAACCGACGUGAGCACCAUGGAUGAUGCGGCGACCAAGGCAUCUAGUGUAUACACCAAGGACGACGCCAGCAUCAUCACCAAGCAUGACGAUGAGAUCAAGGAGGAGGCGCAAGAUGAGAACGAGGAUGAUGACGCCGAUGACGAGGACGAUGAGGACGACGAGGAGGAGGCGGUCAUCUUCGAAGUGGCCGAGGUCCAGCCUGCUCGCAUGGCUGCCCCGAUUCACGCCAAGGGCUCCCUGGUCACGAUUCCUAAGAGGAUUCCGCCCCCCCUGCCGGCGAGAAGCCCUGCGAGAGGCUCCCGCGCGAGCAAGAGUGAGAUGGGAGAUGUGAGCCAUCUUCACAGCCCACUUCAGUCUUCCUUCACCGCCUCUCCUCGUCAGUCCAUUGAUUCUAGCUCUAUCAGAAGCGAGACGAGCAAGAUCCCGUCCAUCAAGGAGGUGCCCGCUGAGGAUGGGUCUGAUGCGGAGAAGGCGAGCAAGACCGAUUCCAUCAUGACGGAGAAGCUGCAAGUGGAUGAGUCGGCACUUGAGACCCCCACGGUUCAGGAACUGAACAAGGCCACACCUUUGGCCCCUGGUGCUUUCCCGGACGAGGAAACCGAUUUUAUGACCCCUUUGGGCAGCCCUUUGAAAGAAGUUUCCAGCAUCGAGUUGAGGCAUGUUGCCCCGAAGGCGGUUGACGUUGCAUGA